AAAAGGCACCGCAAGACUGAGCCUUCACACGAGUCGUGCGUCUGUCGUGGUUGCAGGGAGUCUCUCAGACUAUGGCUCUGCAAGGGGCACUCAUAGUACUAAUAAUACUUCUUUCAGGUCAGUUUUGUUCCAUCUCAAGUGCUGAAACAAAUGUGUGUAAGACUUACGGCAGUGGAGUCAUUCAGUCAUUCAGUAAGACCUUGUUCUAUCUGAAGUCUACGUGUCCUGUCACACUGACUCGCUUCACUCUUCUGGGGGUAAACUGCGAUGUCACUGUCCAGCGUGGGUCAACCGGCCUCAUGACCAGAGUAGAGAUUUUGGUGAAUAAAGUUACCACCAUACUUCAGGAUGGCAAAGUCACUGUGGAAGGAAACAGUAUCUCUCUUCCCUUUGAACACACAUAUCAGCAUGUAUAUCAGUAUGGCGUCUACAUCAAGCUUCGAAGCAAAGUUCUCCCCUUUUCUGUCACCUGGCGGAACCAUUCUGAGGGUGUCAGUGCGCUUUGGGUGCGGCUGGAUAAUCCCUUAGUGGAUGGGAUGACUGGGAUGUGUGGGCUGAAAAACCACGCAAAUUUAGGGCAGUUUAUAUCUACCAAUGUCAUCUCUGAUGGAAAAUGUGUAACUGAAGAUUCUCUCAAGCCUCCUCAACCCUCAGCGGUAUGUGAAGUCCUGUCCUUUGCCAUUGGGUGUCCUACCUCGGCAAACACAUACUUGGAACUCUGCUCACUUAGCAUGUUUAAAAACAUAAAUGUGGACGCGAAGUGUGCGUUUUUUGAAGAGGUCGCUCACUGGUGUGGAAAUCAGUCUCGACUGUGGCCUGUAUGGAGACAAAAAACCUCAUGUAAGCCGCCUACAUGUCCUGGAGAUCUGAAAUAUCAGGAAUUGGGUCUCCCCUUUCCCCCCACCUGCACCAGCCCCCAGCCACCUUCAGAAUCCUUAAUCAGCACUUGCUUGCCCCCACCAGGCAUGGUCCUCAACGAUAGAGCUGAAGGCUACCACUGUGUUAGUGUGAAGGACUGUCCAUGUGUGUAUGGAGGGAAGACAUAUCCACCAGGGGCAGAGCGCAACUCCAAGUGUCAGUCAUGUGUAUGCAUCCAAGGCAAAUGGAUCUGCUCUGCCAAUGUCUGUCCUCCUACGUGUAACAUUGAAGGGCAGUUCGUCACUACCUUUGAUGGGAAACAAUAUUCUGUGCCUGGGAAAUGUACCUAUGUGGCUGCAAGGGGAUUCAACUGGAAAGUGGCUAUCAAGUUUUCUGACACAGAUGCGUCUAUAGCAGAAAUGUACCUUGAUGUGUAUCAGGAGAAGUACACAUUUUCCUCAAACAGCGUGAAACUUGGACAUGACGAAAUCACUGAUCUGUCUCAAACUGAUUACACUACAGUUUUCUGGCAGUCUUCAAUGUUUGUUCAGGUCCAAACAUCUUUUGGCAUGAAAUUGAAAGUGCAGGUUUUUCCAGAAAUCCAACUCUAUUUGUAUUUACCACCAACUGAAAAGACUACAGGUCUUUGUGGGACCUAUAACAACGAUACAGAAGAUGACUUCACCACUAGCAGUGGAAUAGUAGAAAAUGCAGUUCUGCCUUUUUCCCAGUCCUGGACAAUGGGAGACUGUAGCCCACCUGAUUCUUCCAUAUGCAUCAAUACUGAGAAUGAGAUAUUUGCUGAAGAGAAGUGCAGCCAGCUGAGAAACACAAGCAGUGUGUUUGCCCGCUGCCAUGAUUAUGUACCUGUUGGCAUGUUUUUUGACGCCUGCGUUCAGAGAACCUGCCAAUGCACCUCUGGAUUAAAGGACUGUCUGUGUGUUGCCCUCAGUAACUACGCUAAAGCCUGUGCCAGUCAGGGAAUUGACAUCGGUGACUGGAGAGCAGAAACAGACUGCAGUAUCGUCUGCAAUGGCAAUCUGAGGUUCAGUUACAACAUGCAGGCUUGUAACCAGACUUGUCGCUCUUUAACGGGCCAUGAUCCCACCUGUGAGGUUCAGGUUGACCCAGUGGAGGGCUGCGGCUGCAUGCCAGGAACACACCUCAACACCCCGCAGGAGUGCAGCCCUAGCGCACUCUGUGCGUGCCACUACCAGGGAGGAACCACACAUCCGGGUCCUGUGAUUAUUGAUGGGCGACAAUGCAUGUGUGAAAAUGGAAAUCUCAGCUGUUCUGCUGUUUGCGACUGUCCACAGGGGAAAAUAUGUGUGCACUGCGCACAAGCAAUAGUAAACACAGCACAAAAAACAUGCGAAAGCCUGAGCAAGCCAUUUAGUGUUGAUGAGAACUGUAGCAAUGGCUGCUACUGUCCAGCAGGCAUGUUUGAGGACCAUAACGGCACUUGUGUGACUCAGGAGAACUGCACAUGUGAAUUCAGCGGUAGUGUUUAUGCAUCUGGGCAGAGCGUGGAGACAAAUUGUAAAAAAUGUGUCUGCAGAGGAGGACAGUGGUACUGUGAAGGGGAGCCAUGCCCAGGGGUGUGUGAGGUGUUUGGCAAUGGACAGUAUAAUACCUUUGACUCAAUGUGGUACCGCUUUGAUGGGAAUUGUCAGUAUACGCUGGUUGAGGAUGCCACUGGGGAUGGCCACGGGCUGUUUGCAGUCAGGGUGGAGAGUGUGCCUUGCUGUGACGAAGUCUUGACCUGUUCUCGUGCAAUUUCAGUGGAUCUCCAGGAUGUGGUGACUCUGAUCCUGCGUGAUAUGAACGUCACACAAACACUGAAGGCUGGGUGGCAACUCCAGGCGCAGCCACUAUACUCUGUACAUACUGUGGGCCUCCACAUCAUCAUCUCAGUGCCAGAUCUGGGGCUCACUGUGAUCUGGGACAAACACACCAGAGUCAAAAUCAAGUUGCAGGCCAGAUGGAAGGGUAAAGUGCGGGGUCUGUGUGGCAACUUUGAUGGAAAAGUGAUGAACGACUUGCUGACCAGUAGCUCCUCCGUGGUGUCCAGCACAUUGGAGUUUGGGAACAGCUGGAAGACAGCUGUCCCACCCUGUUCAGAUGUGACCCAGGAAGUAUUUCCCUGUGAACGUCAUUCGUACUGUGAAGCCUGGGCUCAGCGUCGCUGCAUGAUCCUGCAAAGUGACACAUUCAGAGACUGCCACCUAAAGGUUGAUCCGACACCUUACUACCAGGCCUGUAUUCUAGAGUCAUGCUCAUGUGAGUUUGAGGGUAGGUUCUUGGGAUUCUGCACAGCUGUAGCAGCAUACGCUGAAGCCUGCACAACACAGAAUGUCUGUAUCAACUGGAGAACCCCAGACUUGUGCCCGGUGUAUUGUGACUACUACAAUGAAGAGAGCAAGUACGGUUGGCAUUAUGAGCCGUGUGGUCAGAUCGAGACUUGUGGGAAAAAACAACGCUUUACUGGAAGGCUUGAAGGUUGUUACCCAAGGUGCCCUGCAGAGAUGCCAUAUUUUGAUGAGAACACAAGAAAGUGCUCCACUUUGGACAACUGCACAUGUUUCUUCAACAACACAGUAAUUAGACCUGGUGAUAAAGUGACUACCUACAGGGAAUGCUGUGAAUGCAUUGGUGGACAAAUCAUUUGCGGAGAAUGUGCAAUACCUACCCCUGGAAAGAAGAUAAUCAUUUACACUGCAGGAACUACAACCACAACGACUACAGAAAUACCAAGCACGACUGGAGAAACUAAACCUACAACUUCACUAAUUACAACUACGUCAAGGACAACAGUGAUUAAAAGAACCACAGAGACACCAGGUACGACUAAACUAACUGAACCCUCAAAUAAACCAGAGACAACAGUGACCACAACACCAAUGACAGAAACACCAGGUACAACUGAACGAACUGUACCUACAACUCCACAAAAUACAACUAUAACAGAGACACCAGAGACAACAUUCACCAUAACAACCUCCGAAGUACCAAGUACAUCUGAAAGAACUGAAUCUACAACUGUACUAGAGACAACAGUGACCACAACACCAAUGACCGAAACACCAGGUGCAACUGAAGAAACUGAACCCACAACUCCACAAACUACAACUAUACCAGAGACAACAGAGACAACAGUCACCACAGCAACCUCUGAAAUCCCAGUUACAACUGAAGAAACUGAAUCUACAACUAUACCAGAGACAACAGUGACCACAACACCAAUGACAGAAGCACCAGAUACAACUGAAGAAGCUGAAACUACAACCCCACAAACUACAACUGUACCAGAGACAACAGAGGCAACAGUCACCACAGCAACCUCUGAAAUACCAGGUACAACUGAAGGAACUGAAUUUACAACUAUAACAGAGACAACAGUGACCACAACACCAAUCACAGAAACACCAGGUGCAACGGUCACCAUAACAACUUCUGAAAUACCAAGUACAACUGAAGAAACUGAAACUACAACUCCACAAACUACAACUAUACCAGAGACAACGGUCACCACAACAACCUCUGAAAUACCAGGUACAGUUGUAGAAACUGAAUCUACAACUAUGCCAGAGACAACAGUGACCACAACACAAAUCACAGAAACACCAGGUGCAACGGUCACCAUAACAACUUCUGAAAUACCAGGUACAACUGAAGGAACCGAAUCUACAACUAUACCAGAGACAACAAUGGCCACAACACCAAUGACAGAAACACCAGGUAUAACUGAAGAAACUGAACCUACAGCUCCACAAAACACAACUACACCAGAGACAACAGUCACCACAACAACCUCCGAAAUACCAGGUACAACUGAAGAAACUGAAUUUACAACUAUACCAGAGACAACAGUCACCACAACAACCUCCGAAAUACCAGGUACAACUGAAGGAACUGAAUUUACAACUAUACCAGAGACAACAGUCACCACAACAACCUCCGAAAUACCAGGUACAACUGAAGGAACUGAAACUACAACUUCACAAACUACAACUAUACCAGAGACACCAGAGACAACGGUCACCGUAAUAACCUCCAAAGUACCUGGUACAACUGAAGGUACUCCAGCUACAACUAUACCAAAGACAACGGUGACCACAACACCAAUGACAGAAACACCAGGUACAACUAAAGGAACUGAAUCUACGCCUCUAGUACUUACACGUCCACCCGUAAGCCCUAAGUCAUAUACAUCAGGUCAGCAGUCUGAGGUGACAACUCUUCCAGUCACAUCAACACAAUACACAACUGUAGGGUUUUGCAGGGACCCCUUGCGAAACCAAAGCUGGCCCAGUGGUGCUGAGUGGAAAGAGGAUUGCUUCCAUAAGACCUGCAGAUACGGCACGAUUGAGAUGACACCUGUCACAUGUCCAACUCUGGUCCCGCCGGUGUGCCGUGAAGACUUGAUGCGGGUGGUGAAAGAUGAGGAGGGCUGCUGUGAAAUUUGGCAGUGCGACUGUCAGUGUGAGCUCUAUGGAGACCCGCACUACAUUUCCUUCUCAGGAACUACAUUUGACUUCCUGGAAAACUGCACUUAUACAUUGGUGAAGGAGAAGAUUCCUCGGCACCACCUUAGCAUUGCAGUGGAUAAUUACUACAGCACGUCUUUGCUGUUCGGCUCAUCAGCCAAGGGCGUCAUUCUGAAGUACCAUGAUGACACAGUCACACUCCAGUUAAAUAUUGAUAAUUACACAGUGGAGGCUACUCUGAACGGCAUACUGGUCCAGCCACCCUACGAAGAGAACGGCAUAAGGUUUGAGGGCACAAAUUUUAAGGUCUUCGUUUACAUUGAUGAAAUCCGCUCUCACAUCUCUUUCGAUCCAGACAACACACUGCAGAUCACUCUUGCAAUGGAACACUUUCGAGAUAACACUGUUGGACAGUGUGGUGUAUGUGGAGGACCCUCAUGUGUACGUAGGAGUGGUCGAGCUGAGAGUGAUGACUGCUGUAACAUGACUGCCUAUGACUGGGUAGAGGAAGACCCUCUGAAGCCCCACUGUAAUGAUGCCCCCAAGGAUUUACCCUGCGUCCCGGUCAUCCCACCUCCGCCACCUCCGCCCUGUGUGGCCCCUCUCUGUGACCUCCUCAGACAUGAAGUGUUUCGUGAGUGUACUCAGAGUCUGGAUGUGGAGACUCUGGUAAAGAACUGCAGGUUUGAUUACUGCAUGGUCAACCGGAAUAUGAGCAUCUGUUCCCCACUGCAACACCUGAGUGAGCAGUGCAAGAGAUUGGGCUUCUGUGUGUACUGGAGAAACCUCACCGAGGGGGCCUGUGAUGUCACAUGUCCUGAUGGGAUGAUUUUUGAUGAGUGUCGCAGCAUUCCAGAUGAUGUCUGUCGAGGCGGGCUGCGCGUUCAAGGGAAAUUCGGUACAGAUAGUAUGAGAUCUGGCUGCUUUUGUCCAGACAACAAAUGGCUUGCAGACGAGCACAAGACCUUCUGUGUAUCUGAAUGCACCAACUGCAAAGGCCCACUGGGAGAGCCCAUGCCGGCUGGAGCAGUAUGGGAGUCAAAUUGCCACAUAUGCACAUGCAACAACCAGACUCUGACGGAGGAGUGCAUACCAAUGCCACCUGCUCCAGACCCAACUUGUAGUGCAGACUCCAUGCUUGUCUCAGGCUGCUGUGGCAACCAGAUAUGUGUUGAGAAGACUUGUGAGUACAAUGGACAGAAAUACAAGGUUGGGGAUACAUGGACAGACCAUUCACGGCCCUGUGUGUCAUUUAGCUGCACAACCGCAGGCACUGAGAUAGAGAGGCGUGUGUGUCCUGAGCAGAGCUGUUCUGAGGAACUCCGCGUGUGGGACGAGCAUCAUUGCUGCUACUCAUGCAAUGUCACCUGUGCAGUCAGAAUAUCCAAGGUGACCAUUAAGGUCGACGGCUGCACUCAGGAGGUGGAGUUACCCAACUGUGAAGGCUACUGUCCAUCAAACUCUAUGAUGGUGCAGUCCGGAGAGAUUCUGCAGCUGGAGCAGGAGCGUCACUGCUGCCAGGAGAAGAACUAUGAGAUCAGACGACUUUCUUUGAGCUGCAAAGGAGCCACACCCAGCCAUUACACCUACAACCAUAUCACCAGCUGUGAGUGCCAGCCUGACGCCUGAAAUCCCAUCAGAUUAACGUUAUCAUUACAAUGAAGGAAAACAGGAUCUGUGUUUUCAGAAAUGUUGCAUGAUUUGAUUUGUCUGAUUUGUUUAUAUUAUCAGUGAUUUAGCUGCAAUUGUGAUUGAUGUUUUAAACUCAUCUUUUUGCCUUCUGGUGUUUUCUACUUUCCACUGCCACCAUUCUGAGCCAAACUGCCACAAGGACUGCCUGUGAUAUGCUUGCCUUUUUUGCUGGAGCUUAAAUUGUGAUGUUAAGUAUGUGCCAUCCUAUCAAAACCACAAUGAAGAAAGAUAAACACAGUAUAAUAUCAGGUUUUAGAGCUCAGGUUUCAAUGUUUUUAGUGCACAGUUGACCUGUUAUCUUUUUUGGUGUUUUGUACUCUUUUUUUAUUUGUUUCUAAAGCACUUUGGUUGUAAAUCACAUUACCUCUUAAUGAUGGAUUCAAAUGAUGUAAUCAUAUAAUAAAAAUCUUGAUUCAUAA